AUCCUUUGUAAACCAACUCCAUUAGAAUCAAAUCAUCUUCAAGAUAAAGAACUUCUAGCUGGUCAAGAUUGUUUGCAUCCAGUCUCAGAUACUGUAUUUUUCAUAUUUACAAAAGGUAUAUUUGAUUAUGAACAGAUUCAAUAUGCUUCAUUAUUAAUUGAUUGUUAUGAUUUAGCUGAUAUAGUUCUAUUCAAUAAAGUAAAUUUCACUUUACAACACUUUCAGCAGAAGGAUCUAUUGAAUCAUCUAUAUCAAUUUCGUAUCACUGUAGCUAUCUCUGAUCAAAAUGAUAAUAUACCUAUAAUUAAACAAUCCAAAUAUUAUAUUAAAAUACCAGAACAUUUAUCAGUGGGUUCAUAUAUUACUGAAAUGAAAGCCUAUGACUUAGAUAAAGGUGAAUAUGGACAAUUAACUUAUCAAUUAAAAUCAAUUACAUUCAAUUAUAUCGAUGAUCAUGAUCAUGAGGAUGAAGAUCCAGAUCAUUCAAACUAUUCAAGACAUCCAAAAGAAUAUGAACAACCAUUUGAAAUUGAUCCAUUCAAUGGUAUCAUUACAGUAUUACAUAAUCAUUUAUUAGAUCGUGAACAAAUUGAAUAUUUUUAUUUAAAUAUAUUAGCUAUAGAUAAAAGAAAUUUAACGACUCAUACACAAUUAAUUAUACAAUUAAUCGAUAUUAAUGAUCAUUUACCAAUAUUAUAUAAUAAUAAUAAUAAUAAUAUCAAUAUUGAUUUUCUUGAAAAUCAAAAAAUCAAUACUUUUAUUGAUUUUAUACAUUUAAUUGAUUUAGAUAAAGAUUCAAAACAUUCAAUGAUACAUUUAUUAUUAGAUAAUAAUCCAUCAAUCAAUAAUCCAUAA